UCAGAACGUGUUUUAGGCUAGAAAGAUGAACUCAUCCGUUUCCUCUUCUCCGACAUCGCAGCGGACAGCUUUGCAGGAAGUUGAUAUGUUAGAAAGAAUCCGCCAGGUGAAAAACUUCACCUGGAUUCAGUGUGACAAUGUAAACUGCCAGAAGUGGAGAAAAAUCCCUUCAACGGAGGGAGAAAGCUUAGAAGACAUAGAAUGGUUCUGUCAUAUGAACUCUGACCCAAAAUACAAUAGCUGUGAAGCUGUAGAAGAAGAUUACACAGCCUAUGACAGACUGGCUAAGAAGUUAGGCUUUAAGUACAUCAUGUCCUGCCUGUCAGUGGGCACUCUGGUCUGGGCCAAGACCUCAGGAUACUGUAGGUGGCCUGCUAUCAUUACAAACGAUCCUGAGUAUGACUUUCACUAUGAAGUGGACAGGGAUGGGGACCCCUUUAGAUAUCAUGUAGAGUACCUGGGGGGAGUUCACUGUCAUGCCUGGAUACCAGCAAACAAAGUCACACUGUAUGGUCAUAAGGAAGAAAUUCAACAGGAACAGGGAACCAGUCUCGUCAAGAACAUGAAGAAUGUGAGAAAAAACAAGAAAAAGAGAAAGAGGUUGAGGCUGGCUAUGCAUACAAAAUGCUCCAAGCUGGAGAACUACAGAAAGAGCUCUGUGACGGAGGCCAUACAGGAGGCCGAUCUACUGAUUCCCCUCACCUCAGAGGAGAGGAUAAACACUGCAUGCAAAUUCAAGGGAAGUAAUCAGAAACAAAGGAUUUGGAAGAAUCAAUCAGAUGGUGCUGAUGAUGAUAAUAGUAAAUCUGCUCUGGGGUUGAAGAAUCAGUUAUAUUAUUGUGAGAGUAAGCGGAAAAGGAAACAAGAGCAAACCUAUGAAAGAAAACACAGGAGACUUCAAGCUCUUUCUCAGAGCCAGAGUCAUGACAAGGGAUCAAGAGGAGAAGAUUCAAAGGAUCCAUGCUUGAAAGGGGAAUUCCAAAGAGAAAACUCCAAUUCAGAUAAAACAGCCACCCAUUUUCCAUUGAGAACAGAUGUAAAUACUAUUCAAUCACCAAGUUGUAGUGAGUAUCUUCAUUUUUAG